GACCCCCCAGAAAAACUAUAUAUGAUGCUAUUUCCUACCUCAUCAAAUUUUGUUAAACCUCGUAAAUCACCAAAUUAAGAAUCACAUUAAGCAAUUUCAUUCCACAAAUUAACCCCAACCCAUUCCAAAUUUUCGAUCCAAGAUGAACAAUAGCACCAACAACAAGGAGAACAACGGUUUUGACCCAAGUGAGUUCACAUAUGGAGUAGCUUUUGUAAUUGGCUUGAUCUUCUUACUUGUCAGCAUAGCUUUGGCAUGUGUGCGUCUGCGCAUGGCUCGUGGUCCUAACAUGCUGAACAUUUUGGCUGGUAUUCCACCAUCUCGCCAUGCAAGAUCAUCAGAAGAAGACAACUCAGCUGAACAAGGGCUUCAUCAGAUUGACAAAAGUUUUGAGAGGUAUCCAAAGCUGCUAUACUCUCAAGUAGAGAAGGGUUCAAGUUCAUCAAGUGUUGUUUCUUCUAGUUGCUCCAUAUGCUUAGGUGACUACAAAGAAAGUGACACGUUGAGGUUGCUUCCACACUGUGACCAUCUUUUCCAUCUUGCUUGUGUUGAUCCUUGGCUUAGGUUGCAUUCAACUUGUCCCAUAUGUAGAAAAUCAUCUAUUCAUGCUUAGUAUUGGGGAUCACAUCUCUCCUUUGUUGUUGUAGAAGAUUUGUUAUAUUAGUUAAAUCAGUAUAUA